AGCAGGAGGCGCCAUCAUGGUAAGCGCGCUUAGUAGCGUCUGCGAGUGUCCCAUCCGUUGCCAUCCUCAGCGAGACCGGAUCGCAGCGCGACGGAGGGGUGCGGGUGGUGCUAUGGGAGACUGGAGGAUAGUCUGGGGCCUUCAGCCGGGACUUAUCGGAACCGAUAGCCGGCCCCAGGAGCCUCCGGAGGCCCGUCGUUUUCUUUACAAAGUUUGACUCCGUGAUAACCAGCAAAUUGCAACUCUCAAUGACUCUAGUCUGGCCUCGAACCCACGGCAGCUCCCUUGCCUCAAUCUUUCCAGUGCCAGGAUUCCAGGCGGGACCACUAUGCCCGAUUUCCGUGGUUCUUAACUUGCAUUUGGGAAGUUGAGUCCUACGGGGAGUGAAGCGCCACAUUGCUGGGUUUGGGGACAAGCGGACGUCAGUCCUCCCCUCCGUACUUACCGGAACUGUGCUCCCAGUGUCUUUGGUCGGAAGGGUGUGUAGUAAUCCCGUCUGUUUUGUGAGUUGCGAAGAUGCCUGCCGUAGGGUCUUGAAGGUGCAAAGAAACUGCUGUUAGUAUUUCGGUAAUUACUUCUGGAUGCUAACAGCUUUGAAAGGUGUUGACAUUCGCCACAACAAGGACCGAAAGGUUCGGCGCAAGGAGCCCAAGAGCCAGGAUAUCUACCUGCGGCUGCUAGUCAAGCUGUACAGGUUUCUGGCCAGACGGACCAACUCCACCUUCAACCAGGUUGUGCUGAAAAGGUUAUUUAUGAGCCGAACUAACCGGCCACCUCUGUCCCUGUCCCGAAUGAUCCGGAAGAUGAAGCUUCCUGGUCGGGAGAACAAAACUGCUGUGGUUGUGGGGACGAUCACAGAUGAUGUGCGGAUUCUGGAAGUGCCCAAGCUGAAGGUGUGUGCACUGAGGGUGAGCAGCCGGGCCCGAAGUCGGAUCCUCAAGGCUGGGGGUAAGAUCCUGACCUUCGACCAGCUGGCCCUGGAGUCUCCCAAGGGCAGGGGCACUGUGCUCUUGUCUGGUCCUCGGAAGGGCCGAGAGGUGUACCGACACUUUGGCAAGGCCCCAGGAACUCCACACAGCCACACCAAACCCUAUGUCCGUUCCAAGGGCCGGAAGUUCGAGCGUGCCAGAGGCCGAAGGGCCAGCCGAGGCUACAAAAACUAACCCUGGCUCUUACUGUUAAUAAAAAAGCUUUGGAUGUUGA